CGGGUUAGGGAGAGAUCAGGGAUGGGGAUCCUGAAAGCGCGUUUAAGGGCUGAGAUCCUGGGCCUGAGGCGAGGGAUGGAGGCCCGUGAGGUUAUACUAAGCCUGAGUGGGGUUCUGGAUGGGGUGGGAACACGCCCAGGAUAAGGGUCGAGAUCCGGAAGUCGGGAGCUCUGGCCAGAGUUGGGGGUAGGCCGGGAAACCCGAGUCACCAUUAACGACUUGUUGCCACCUGCCCCCGCCUCUAGCUGGCCCACCUGCACCAGGAUGACUGGAAGCUAGCAGGGUGAUGCAGUCACCCGCAGCUUAUUUACCAGGCCCAUCUUCCCAUCGCCAGAUUGGGCUGCCUGACCUUUGGUUCCAGGGUGAUCUUGUCCCCCACCACCAGCCGGCAUCAGAACCGAUAGACCAGUCUUUUCUAUCCUGAACAGGCUAUUGAUUUAUGCCUCUUUCCUGCAGUCAGGCAAAAAGCAUUGAUCCAACACGUAUUAUGUGCUCUGUACUAGGCUGACCCUGAAAGUGCAGCGGGAAUUUGAUAGGUAUGGGCCCCAGAAAACUCUCAGCCCACUUAGGGAGUUUAACAGCCUAUAUUGAUGCAAUUAGAAGAAACAAAUACUCGGAAGACGGACCUCCUGAGAGUCAUGACCCCUGUGGUUGCUGUAACUGCAUGAAGGCACAGAAAGAAAAGAAGUCUGAGAAUGAGCGGAAUCAGAUCCGGCAGGGUGAGGGGAGUGCCACUUACACUGAGGAGCAGCUGCUUGGGGUGCAAAGGAUCAAGAAAUGCAGAAAUUACUAUGAAAUUCUGGGAGUUUCACGAAAUGCCAGUGAUGAAGAGCUUAAGAAAGCUUAUCGAAAACUCGCCCUGAAAUUUCAUCCUGACAAGAACUGUGCUCCUGGAGCAACAGAUGCUUUCAAAGCGAUAGGAAAUGCCUUUGCAGUCCUGAGUAAUUCUGAGAAGAGACUCCGCUAUGAUGAAUAUGGAGAUGAACAGGUGACUUUCACUGCCCCUCAAGCCAGACCUUAUAAUUAUUACAGGGACUUUGAAGCCGACAUCACUCCAGAAGAACUAUUCAACGUCUUCUUUGGAGGACAUUUUCCUACAGGAAAUAUUCACAUGUUCUCAAAUGUGACAGAGGAUACCCACUACUAUCGCCGGCGUCACAGACAUGAGAGGAUGCGGACGCGAAAGGAAGAGGAAGAAGAUAAACCUCAGACUACAUAUUCUGCAUUUAUCCAGUUACUUCCAGUCCUUGUGAUUGUGAUUAUAUCUGUCAUUACUCAGCUGCUGGCUGCUAAUCCCCCAUAUAGUCUGUUUUACAAAUCGACCUUGGGCUACACCAUUUCUAGGGAAACCCAGAACCUGCAGGUGCCUUACUUUGUGGAUAAACACUUUGACAAGGCCUACAGAGGAGCGUCUCUGCAUGACCUGGAGAAGACGAUAGAGAAGGAUUACAUCGAUUACAUCCAGACCAGUUGUUGGAAGGAGAAACAACAAAAGUCGGAGUUGACAAAUUUGGCAGGAUUAUACAGAGAUGAACGAUUGAAACAGAAAGCAGAGUCACUGAAACUUGAAAACUGUGAAAAACUUUCCAAACUUAUUGGCCUACGCAGAGGUGGCUGAGAGGAUGAAAAUCCUAUACAGGGUUGGGGUUUUGCUACUUAUUACUAUUUAUGUUCCUAAUUCCAUUUUAUAAUAUAAAAUUAGGAAAUCACGAACAUUUUAUUAUUUGCUAACUGUUUGCUGGGCAGAGUUAAAGGAGCAUUGAGCCAAACUUGUCAUCAUAGAAUCCUUCCUGGGGGUUAGCUCCAGGGGCAACAGACAGCUCAUCUAAAUGGAAUUAAUGGCAAAGAAUUUGAUCAACUCCCUGCUCGUAUGAAGGUAGUUCAGAGCAUCCCAAAGCAUUUUCUUCCUUUUCUCUUUCUUCAGGUAAGUCUCAAUACCCUGGCAUCCCUAGGCUUAGCCAAAACAGCUUAAUAUGAGUUACUUACAAUGCAUUUCAAGAAUUGUACCUUUCCCUUCAUUAGAAUCAUCAUCUCCCCAAAGAUUCAGGCUUUGGAGCAUGCUAAGGGAAAUGUGGAGAAAUUUAAACUCAUUGUAGCCAAUAGUUUUUCAUUUCCCCAAUCUCUAUUCAGAGUUGCCAACAUUUGCAAACUGCCUGAUUUUAGGUUCUUUUGUUUCCUCAACCCUCCCUCUUAGAGAGGGGCCGGAAAGGAAAAACUAUUGAGCUGUAAAACAGUUCAUCUGACAACUGAGUAACAGGAACCAAGGGCAAGACUGAGGACCCCCAGUCCAUCACAGGACUCAGAGAAUGUUUUGAUUUUUUUUUUUUUUUUUUUUCCGUUUCCCCUCGCAGCAUUACCCUUGAGCUGAGUCUCCACACCCCAGUGGUAAAGUGGUCAGACCCAAGAGGUGGCAUUGCCAACCAGGCAGGCUAUUUGCUCAAGCUUAGAGAUAGAGGGGCAAGAUCCUCUCUCCUUGGUAUGGGGGAACUAGCAUUGGCCCCAGCAGCCACUUUGUUUAACCUAGCGCCCUAUAGUUUGUGCUCCAAGAUGCUGUUUCAUUCAUUCAACACUUAUUGAGUACCUACCAUGAAGCAGGGGCAUUCGUGUAUAUUUUCUUACAUAAGCCUCCUCACGACUCCCUGAUGUAAGUCUGUUAUCCCUGCUUUUAUGAAUGAGAACAGUGGCCCAGAGUGGAUGAAUGGUUUGCCUUGACUAAUAGUGGCAUAGCUAAAUGCUGGCUGAUUAUCAAGUAAGAAGUAUGAAAUCCUCCCCAUCACUUGGGUGAUUCUAGCCAGAUUGGUAAAGCAGAGUUCCUCCCACCCUGUGCCCUGUAUCCUUCUAUGGCAGCCCUAUGUUUAUUCAGGAUCCCUUCCUGACUGGUCUUUAGGAAACAGGACUCUUGACACAAGUUCUUUAGAAGUUCCUCAAAGACAGGUAGUCCUUCCCACUGGUGACAAGGGAAGAGGCAAGUUGUCGCCUGGGCUAUGUGGUCUGACCUUCCUGCGGAGAUGAGCUACCUGGAUUGAACUGCCCAGACCAUCAUGAAUCUCUGAACUUGGAAGUUCUUUUUUUUAACUUGCAAGGUGACUGUAGUGUACAUUCCAUGUUUUCUUCAGGACAGAAGACUCCUUUCCUGUUGGAGAGAGAUUCUUCAUGAAAACUGAUUUCCAAAGUAAAGUUUCCCCUUUCAGUUGCACAGCCAUGUUUUAGAUAGAAGCGUUCAGCAUGGUUGAACCUGUAUUCCACAGGCCAGGAGGGGCGUCCAUAGGUACAGAGUGGGGUUCUGUUGGCUGAUAGGAGACAGCUGCUCAGCUAUAGGGAGGGGGAACAGUUCUAGAAAUAGCCAGAUUUUGGCCUCUCUGACCAACUUAAAUCUAUCCUCUGGUUUUUGGGGGGGUCUCCUUAACCUCCUCUGAGUGACUGAGGAAAUUGACACCAUAAAAUGUGCCCAUGCGCCAAACAGGCUAUGGAGGGUUGUUUUCCUAUAUACCCAAAAAUUAAAGCUCUCCUCUCCCCAACCCUAACCACUACUAGAAAAUGGGCCAUAAUUCAACUACCUUAACAGUUUAAAAGACCUUGCCCUGGAUGUUCAUGAAUACUGUAGUCACACAUUUUAGGAACUCCAUAACAGAGAUGUUACCUGUGAUAUACUAAACAGAGGCAAUACUAACUCCAUUGUAUGUCAAGUCUAGUGUCUUUUUAUAGCACUGAUGGUACUGUUUUAUUUACCAUCUAAUAGACCAAAACAAUCACACCUGGUUUUCUCAAGGAAAGUCUUUGCUUUUGGCUGAAAGAUAGUUUAAUCUAUUUGGUACUAUGCAGAAUAUUGAUAAAUUAGAACAUUUUAGAUGAAUUGUCUGCAUGGUGGUAAAAUAGCUUUUUCCUCUUGCCUACAUCCUUUGGAAGGUUUCCUGGUUAUACAUAAGUUCUUUGGGUAAGGCCUAUUCUUGCUGUCGGAACUUAGCACACAGCUCUAGUCUGUUUCUGUGAGCAUUACUGCAGAUCAGAGAUGUGUAUGCUGGGAGUGGGGGUAAGAAAUAGGGCUUGCAGCUCAAGCAGAAACUGAAGCUCUCAUUCGUUAGAAUGAAGGUGCUCUUUCUGCACUAUGUGAUCUGCAGUGAGGAGGAUAAGAUGAAAAUCCUUCUCAUCACAAAGAACACUGCAACUUGAAGAAAUCCACGUCCCUAGAUUAGCAACCCUGGGGCUUAUCUGCUCAAACCAGAAAACUUCUGAGCUUCCUCUUGAUCGGCUCCAGGCCUCACAGCUUGGGAGAAAUGGCCAGUAAGAAAAUACCAUUGCUACUGCUUUCUGUUGCAAACUAUCAGAAAUUACAUUGAACUCUAAACCUCACAGGAACAUGGGAGCUGGUAGGCUAGGCAAGCUAUGUGUUAUUCUCAUUUUCAUCCUCACACUCAGAUCUGGCUUUGUGAGGAGGCAUUUGGUAUUCCAGCAGCUUUCUGUUAAAACUGGCCACACAAGCAAGUUCCUUGUAUCUGCAUGUACUGCUCCUCACAGGAGCUAGCACUUAAUUUGUAUUUAUUUGGGGCUCAUUUAAGGUGUAAGCUUAGUGUCCUAAUAUAUUUAUUUUUGAAGAGGGCCGUGUUACUAUACAUCUUGUAUUUACAGCCUGCAUUGUUAAUACCUUGUGCAGUGACCACCAAGUAACUAUAAGCCCAUGUGUUAGAUAUUGAUUACAUCAUUUGCAUCACACUCAGUAUUUAGAUUAAAGAUGUGUGCAUUCUGUGACCAGAGCCAGGGCUGACGCAGAUGGAAUCAGCUCCUGGUGGAGUAAGAAUCCUGAAAAAUCUGGUUACGUGAUCCACUGCAUCUGGAUUGAGUGUAUUUUAACAGAGAAAAAAAUUAAAACAAUUUUAUAUAAAAAGAAUGGCUUUAUAUUUUUUCUUUGUUCUUUUACCUUUGCCCAUGGCACCCUUAAGCAGUGCACAUUGAUCCACUCCCUUGGAGCCACUUAGGACUGGAGAAAUUAUUGACCGCUACUCCAAUCUGCCCUCCUCUGUGUGUAUGUGCGUGUGUGUGUAAUAAUAGAUAACAUUGGUGACAUAAGCAAUUCUGAAUUUUUUUUAAUCAGGUAACAGAAGCUGUAAAUAUUACAGCCAAUCUACACAUCAAAACUAUACUUAAUAUCAGAAAAUCAAAUAUCAUCCCAAUUCUUUGCUGGGCUUGUUCCCAGUGACCCAUAUUUAGGAAAAUCUUGGUUUAAAGGUACAGCUAUGUUAGAGUCCAACUGGUCAUGGUACCUUUUAUUUGAAGGAAAGUUGAAAUGAGAUUCAAUUUCACAAAUAUCGAGAACCUACUAUGAGCCAGGUGUCUGAGCUUUUGGGACAGGGAGUGGGGAACAAGUUUCCCGUUCCCAUGAAGAACACCAUCAUCCAUCCUGGUAUAAAAGUCAGAAACCCAGGAAACCAUAUGUGGUAGAUUUAAUUUGGUGUCCCCCAAUGAACCACAGCUGAUACUCAUGCCCUUGUGUAGUCCCCUUUCUGACCUGGGCUGGCCUUUGGUCUACUUUAACCAGUAGAAAGUAGUGAAAACUGGCAGCUUCUGUUUUAUGCUUGGGAUAAGCCAGCCAGCCACCAUGUAAGAAGUCCAACUACCUUGAAACCACUAUACUAACCACAUGGAGAUGCCAUGCAGGGGAGAACCUAGGAAUCCAGCUGACAGAACUGCGGUCCCAGACACAGAACCCAAGUUGAGCUGUUUGCCCCACCCUGGCUGAUGAGUGGACCAGAUGAGCUACCCGGCCAAGCCCUGCUCAAACCAAAGAAUUGUUAAAACUACUGUGGUAGCCUCCUAAGUAGUGUGCACAGCUCUACAAGGCCCCUCCAAUCUGCACACCAUACUGCAGCCAGGGAUCUUCUCAAAGCAUAAAUUGAAUCAUGCCACCCUCUUGCUUAAAAUAUAUCUAUGGAUUUCUGUUGCACCUAGAAUAAAAAUCAGCUCAAACAUCACUUCCUCACAGAAGCCUUCCCAGGUACCCCAGACUGGACCAAGUCUCCCUUUAAAUUACUCUCGUUCUCUUCCUUAACACCUGUCAUAGCUAUGUUAUUUAUUUGAAUAAUGACAGAAUUUGGGAUUUAUUUGGAUAUUUAUUUGAUUAUUGUUUGUCCCUGCUACUAGACUAAGUUCCAGUCGGGUUUUAUCUGAGCUGAGUCUUGAAGAGAGGGACAAGUUUUACCUGAACUUGCUCUAGAAAUGCUGCCCAAACUUUUUGACACUACUCCCGUUGAAAGAUGCAUCUAUGUCCGCCCCCCCCCCCCUUAAAUUUGAACUCUGACUCCUUGACCAACCAAGCACAGCAGAAAUGACUCUAUGUCAGCUUUCAGGCCCAGGUCUUCAACUGGCAACUUCCAUUUCCUGUCACUUGGGUUUUUUGCCCUUGAACCCAGCCACCAUGCUAUUAGAAAGCCCAAGCAGCUUGUGGAGAGGAACCAAGACACUUGGCCCUCAGCCCCAGCUGAACCUAGGUGACAGUACCAACUGGCCGGUCACGUGAGUGAGCUAUCUUAUAGAACUUCUAGCUCACAGUGGAACCAUCCCAGCUGACCCUGCGUGGAGCAGAAACAAGCUUUCCCCCACUGAACCCUGCCCAUAUUGCAGAUUCAUGAGCAAAAUAAAUGGUUGUUUUUUGUUUUUUAAGCUCCAAGUUUUGGGUUGAUUUGUUAAACAGCGAUAGAUAAUACGAAUAUCAAUCAGGAUGACAGUGCUGUGCAGAAAAGCAGUCCUCCCAGGGGCAGAAUCACAGAGCCAUUUGUGAUGUCUUGUUAUCCUGAGUCUCACUGAGUCCUGGUUGGUCAGGGACCAAAGUGCUUAUUGACAGAGUGGGAGUCUGUGGCAGUCCCCUGCCAGAAUGACCAUCCUCACAUUCAUGCUCUCUGUAAGGUGUGACCCUGGAUCCAGAGUUCUUCCUUGCAAAUAACACCCACCCCAGGGAACUAACUGCUGGAGCCUACUGCUCUCCACAGGUUUGCCCCAAAUACAUGGAGGGAAGCCUGUUCUAGCUGGUGGAGUUGAAUAUUCUAACAAGGGUUGUCAAGAAGCACCUCAUGCAGAAUAAAUUGCUCUUUGUUAAAGCCAAAAAAAAAAAAAAAAAACACCUCAUGAAAGACUCUAGGGAG